AUGUUAAAUUAUUUAUUGUUCUUUUCGCUUCUCGGAGUAAGUGUUUGUCAAAAGAGGCCGAAUAUAGUUUUGGUGUUGACAGAUGAUCAAGAUCUUGUGUUGGGGGGCAUGACGCCCAUGAAGAGCGUGCAACGGUUUAUUGCUGAUGAAGGUGUCACGUUUACUAAUUCGUAUGUGACCUCCCCAAUAUGCUGUCCGAGCCGCGCCAGCCUGCUCUCGGGCCUCUACCAACACAACCACAGGACAGUCACCAACAGCGAGCUCGGAGGAUGUAACGGAAUAUUCUGGAGGGAAGCCGUCCAGAAUGUCACCUUCGGGAACUUUCUGAAAGAGGCUGGGUACAAGACAUUCUAUGCUGGCAAGUAUUUGAAUCAGUACGGCACCCCAGAGACAGGUGGUCCAGAAGCAGUGCCCCCCGGCUGGACGGAGUGGCACGGGCUGGUCGGCAACUCUGUGUACUACAACUAUACCAUCUCCAACAACGGAGUGCCCACUGUCUCCACUGAUCAGUAUCUCACUGAUGUUAUUCGGGAACUGGGAGUGAGCUACAUAGAGAACCAGACGGAUCAGGACCCCUUCCUCAUGGUGUUAGCGCCACCAGCUCCUCAUCAGCCCUUCACUCCAGCACCUCGACAUGAGGGGAAGUUCAGCAAUGUUACUGCUGUUCGACAUCCCAAUUUUAAUAUUCCUGCUGAGGACAAACACUGGCUAAUGCGGAUGCCUCCCUCCCCUCUCCCGGAGUCUAUGCUACCGGAAUUAGACCGUGUCUACCGGUCGCGAUGGGAGAGUCUACUGGCGGUAGACGAAAUGGUAGCCGAUGUAGUGGGAGCGUUGGAAAAACAGGCUCUAUUGGAUAAUACUUAUAUUAUCUACACUUCGGAUAAUGGGUAUCAUGUUGGCCAAUUCUCCCAAGUAUAUGACAAGCGUCAGCCGUACGAGUCAGACACAAAGGUGCCCCUACUCAUCAGAGGUCCAGGCAUCACUCCCAACUCCUCAAACUCGAUCCCAGUGCUGAACGUGGACCUGGCUCCUACUAUACUACAGCUGGCUGAAAUACAGCCUCCGGAACAUAUGGAUGGAAAGCCUAUUAACCUGUUUGGACAUAGCGAGGGGCAGGUGGAGAGGUAUAUGCUGGUGGAAUACCAUGGCGAGGGUCGCGACGGCUCCGUGGCAGAGUCGUGUCCGUGGAAGUAUGACGGCAAUCGACUGGCGAAAAGUGUCGGUAAUGGCAGGGUGCCUGGAUUUGUGAUAGAUUUGUAUUUUUAUGGGAUACCGAUAAACGAGGAGGCGGAUGACCUGAUGGAAUGCUACCCGGAAUACGCGUGUAAGUGCCAGGACGCUCGCAACAACACGUACGCAUGCGUGCGUCACUUCGUGAACAGAAUCAACAUGAAGUACUGCGAGUUUGCCGAUCAAGAGGAAUUCGUAGAAAUAUACGACUUGAACCGCGACCCGUACGAGGUCCGCAACUCAGUGGACGAAGUGUUCCCGUCCGUGCGGAACUGGUACAGGUUCAUACUGGCGCGCCUGCAGGCCUGCGCCGGCGCAGCCAGCUGCGACAACCCACUCAAUAUCAAUGUGCACUUGUGUAACUGUAUAAAUAUAUUUUCUUUGUAG